UAGGUGGUGAAAUUGAAACACAAUUUUACUUGCAUGAAUUGACGUUACGGGAAUCAGCUGUGCCAUAAAAGCAUAAAACGCAUAGAACUGUGUGUUUGGAAAUGACAACCAGACACACAGAAGAGAAAGGAGAGAAAGUGAAAGAAUAACACACACAGCAGAACGGGGUCAAAACAAAUUUCGAUCUGACUUAAAGAGCCUAGAAAUGAAAAAUAGAAUCCUGCAGCUUGAUAACUUUUUCGCACUUUGAUUGAAAUUUUGUUAAUUAGUUCGAGUGUGCUUUUAUGCGGACGGAAAUGGGAGAAUCUGUUUCAAUUAAAAUAGAGGAAGAAUCCAGGAUGAUAAAAGUGGAAGAGCUAACGAUAUGCGAAACUCCGUUGAAUGCAACGAGAUCUGCUCUAUCAAUCACCAAGAAUGAGAGAAGUCCAUUCAGUGCGGCAUCAUCAGCAUCAUUAAUUUGGCCAUGUGUAGUAAAAGGUGAAUCUGAAAUCGACAACACUCUUGAUAAAGUUGGUAAACCAACGGAGAUGGCUUCAGUAACAGAUAGUGAAAUUGUCACUUCUAGCUCAAGCCAAACUAAUGAAUUGGAAGCGAGCCCUACUGAUAGCAACGAGCGGAAACACAAUUGCGACAUCGACAACAAGGAGUGUAAGGUAAAACGAGUUACCUACCAGCGCAAGAAAGCAUCUAACGGUGAACAAUCGUGCAAGUGUGACAAAUGCGGCAAAACGUUCAGCUCAGCCCUCAAGCUUAGGAAUCAUAACGCGCAUCAUACUCUGGAAAAGAACUUUAGCUGCGAUAUAUGUAGGAAAGCUUUCUGCCUAAAAAGUCAACUAAGGGACCACAUGAAGAAACACAUGUCGGAUGGCCCCAAUAAAUGCCUAAUUUGCGGAAUACCGUUCAGGUUUAAAUCUUACUUGGCAAGACAUGCGUACCUCCACACUGACGAGCGACGACACAGAUGCGACAUCUGCGGUAAAGAAUUUAAAUCAGCAAGUAAUCUGACCGUACACAUGAAGUAUCACACAUCCGGUGGGGAUGAACUACACAAAUGUGGCUUUUGUGGGAAAGGCUUCAAUUACCACUCUUUCCUCCUAAAACAUAUGCACACUCACAGUGACAAGCGACGGUACACAUGCGACAUCUGCGGUAAGGAUUACAAAUCACCGAGUAAUCUGAAUCAACACAAAAGGCAUCACACAUCUGGUGACGAUGUAUUGCACAAAUGCGAUAUUUGCGGGAGAGGAUUUGUGCUUCGCUAUGCACUCGUACAGCAUUUGGAAACUCAUAGCGACGAACGACGGUACAGGUGCGACAUCUGCGGCAAGCAGUACAAGAGCAGAGGAGGACUCUUCAUGCACGGAAAAGCACAGCACAGCGAACAAUCGUAACAAAUACGGUGAAACGUUCAACACAUCCUUAAAGGUUAAGCAUCAUAAAACGGGGCAAAGCUUUUCCACCAACAUUGCCAGUAUGCCAGAUAAAUCUGAAUUCUGCCAGAUUUCUGUUUGCGCGCCAGACAAACAGCUAAACCUCAGAAUCUGCCAGAUCUGCGAGAUGGGCCGUUGCUGGCCUUCACCUACCUACUCCCGGCGAGAGCAAAGAAAAGGUCAUCACUUAAAAUUCUGCCAGGAAUUUUAUCCAAAAAUGAGUGCCAGAUUUUUACCAGACUUUAUUUUCGUUUUGCCAGAUUUUAUCUUAAACUUAGUGGUAACGCUGUUUCCGACCUAAUCAUAUCCCCACGUGGAGCAUGUACUGUCAAAGCGCUAAGUGAUUAUUCAUAUGCAACAUAAGUCUCCCAGGUUUCCCAGUUUGCGCACUUGCACCAAAAAAUGCACACGUUUGUUGAGCGCAAAGCAUACGAAUGAGACUUGUGCAAUGUCAGGUUUACCCAAAAAGAGCAGUCUCACCAAUUAUAAGAAAAACUACGCUGGAUAGAGGCAAAUCGCGUGCGAUGGAGCGAUAAUAAUACCAGAUUUUUUUUAAUUUAUAAAUUGAAAAGUUGUAAAUUUUGUAUUACACUAGUUACUAGAACAACCUUUACAUGAGGGGUCUUCACAUCGAGCUCGUAUACGAAUACCCAGCCGUAAACUGUGUAUCUUCCAUUACUCGUCAAUGGAGGUGAGUAUUUUUACGGCUGGGUAUUUGUUUACGAGCUCUACAUGAAUACCCAUAUUAUAUCAAAAGACUUACGAAGAGUUAAGCAUCUUGUCGAUAACAACAACUUUGCAGAAUAAACUGAACCAAUUUCUAAUCCAA